UCGACAAUAAGGCAGUGUCUCGGCUCAGCUAAAAGUUGGGGGCGAUUUUUGCUGCGUUUAAGCUCGAACACAAUGUCUUCGUUCUUAGCAGCCAUGUGUUUGCUUGGCCUUGCCCUUGCCAGCGCCAUCAACUUCACAACCGUCUACGAGUGGGAUGAAUUUGAUUUCGUCUGGCCAUCAGGAGCGGACAGUUCAAAAGGACAGAUUAAACCAAAUUUUAAACAAGAGGAGAUUGUACUACAAUACAUGGCAGUUUUUGGAGAACGACUAUUUCUAAGCACUCAAAAAACUUACGGAAUUAACGCCACAAUAUUUUGGCUGCCAACGAACGACACGUCAACUGCACCUCCGAAGCUUGCUCCUUUCCCAUCCUGGGAGUUCCAUAAAAAAGUCAACUGCAACACUAUUGACUGGGUCAGCGGUAUGCAAGCGGACACUGAUGGUCGGUUGUGGGUGCUUGAUCAAGGUAGGGGCUAUUGUCCGAGCCACCUUCGGAUAUUCGACCUGCUCAACAACGACACAACCGAGCGCAUUCACCAGUUCCCGGACAAAAUCGUCUCUCAUUUUGAUUAUCAUAGAUGGAUGCAUGAUAUAGUGCUGGACAAAACAACAGACGAUACUCUUGCGUACAUCAUUGACGCUGCUGGAUCUUCAUUUCUGAACAUCGUCGUUUACAGCCGAAAAAUGGACAAAUCCUGGAAAGUGAAAACACCAGGGUUAAAAUGGACUUACUUGGCCCUCUCUGCUAACACGGAAGCGAGACAGUUGUACCUUACAAGAUUCGGUUGCAAGGAACUGUACUCACUGUCUGUAUCAGAGCUGAAGAACAAAGACGGAAACGCAACGGCGGAAUUCAUCGGCAAAUUUACUGGUCAUCCUUACAGAAUGCUAAUCGACAGCGCCAAUGUCUUGUAUGCCGUCUUUUAUAGCAAGAAUUACGUCUCCAAAUGGAAUAUUUCGGAGCCUUUUCUUGAGGAGCGAUUUUAUGAGGUCGGAGAACUGGGUGCAUUUCAGCCAUUUACUUUUGCUUUGGACUCGACCGACACUAUCUGGAUGACGGAGAGGAAUCAAUCUAGGGAUAACACAAAGCCUAGACAUAAACUGCUCAAGGCUGCGGUCGGCGCAGAUUCCUAUUAAUUCAUCCCUGAAAAAGUUUCACCGUCCCUUGAUGAGACCUCAGGAGAGCAGGAAAUCACAGAAUCAUGCACAGCAACAGCAUCCUUUCGGUUUGAAUCUACCGUUCCUCCCUCUUAAACAACCAGAGAAACGCAGAGUCUACUUGGAAUCCUAAUUAUCAAUCUGCAAUCUAGAUAAAUUUUUAUUAAA